GCCGUAUCUCAGUUUUGUAUCCAACACAAUAAAUGGUAUCAGGUCCCCAACACUUAUCGCUAUCCCUUACAGCGAGGCCCACCUGUGUCGUUCUCGUCCAUUCUUUUGGUUCAACAAUGGCGGCUUGCUCACACAACACUCUGCUACGCUCCCCCAAGCUCCGAGGCGCCAUCUCCUCGCCAGUCGAUGGUCCUUCCACCGCUACCGAACACUUACCCUCGUGUUGGGACAUUCUCGGGGCUUGACCACAUCAAUUUCACGAGUCCGAUAUCAGCUGGUGGAGGAUGGGGAGAGACUUGACUAUUAUCGACUCAAGGGAUGCCACUCGAUACAAAAUUGGUGAUCUGUUCCACGACCGCUGCCACAUGGUGCAUAAACUCGGGCACGGCUCAUUGUUUACUAUCCGGCUCGCUAGGGGCGAACAGAUGUCGAGAUAUAUCGCGGUUAAAGUGUGUACUGCCGACGCGACGCAAUAAGAGGCGGGCGUACUCUCUCACCUGGGGGAGAUUGAUCCCGUGGUUCAGGCAGAAGUUUGCGGGAGGAGUCUGGUUCCGAUACUUCUCGACCGUUUCAGCAUUUAGGGCCUGCAAUGGCACCCAUACUUGCUUGGUCACUGCCCCAGCAAGGUGUAGCCUCUCCGACAACAAGCAAGCAUCAACCUGCGGAUUCUUCCAGCUCAGCGUUCUCGAUCUCUUGCCGCUCAACUCACCCUCGCGAUUGCCUACCUACGUGCACGAGCAAGGGUUAGUUCACGGAGGUACCUAAGCAUCACAUCACCAACCUCCCAAUUCACAGCGACGUUUUCGGGGUUUAGUCUCACCAACC